AGAUAAAAAUGAAGGUCUAUACCUUAAUUCUCUCCUUAGCUUUCUUGCUUGGAACUUCAGCAGAACAAUGUGGAAGUCAGGCCGGUGGAGCUGCAUGUCCAAAUGGGCUAUGUUGUAGCAAAUUUGGGUGGUGUGGCAGCACAGCUGACUACUGUGAGACUGGCUGCCAAAGCCAAUGCAAAUCAGCUAGCGGAACCCCAUCCGCCACCCCUAGCAGCGGCGAUGUCGGCAGCAUCAUCAGCGCCGCUCUUUUCGACCAACUGCUUAAAUAUCGGAACGAUGCGCGAUGUAAGAGCAACGGAUUCUACACAUACAAUGCUUUCAUCGCUGCUACACGAUCUUUUGGUGGCUUUGGCACAAAUGGUGAUGUUAAUACACGUAAAAGGGAGAUUGCUGCUUUCUUGGCUCAAACCUCUCACGAGACCACAGGAGGAUGGUCAAGUGCACCAGAUGGCCCAUAUGCAUGGGGUUAUUGCUUCAUUACGGAAACCAACAAGGCAGCCUAUUGUACGUCGUCCAAAGAAUGGCCGUGCGCUGCAGGCAAACAAUAUUAUGGCCGGGGACCCCUUCAACUCACUCACAACUACAACUACGGGCAAGCGGGGAAAGCCAUUGGAGCUGAUCUGCUAAACAAUCCGGAUCUGGUAGCCACAGACGCAACCAUAUCAUUCAAGACAGCCAUAUGGUUUUGGAUGACCCCGCAGGGAAACAAGCCGUCCAGCCACGAUGUCAUCAUCGGAAAAUGGACACCGUCCGCUGCGGACAGGUCAGCUGGUCGGGUUUCGGGCUACGGUGUCAUUACCAACAUAAUCAAUGGUGGGCUGGAAUGUGGGAAGGGUGCUGACAGUAGAGUGGCUGAUAGGAUCGGGUUCUACAAAAGGUACUGUGACAUCUUGGGAGUAAGCUACGGGGACAACUUGGACUGCAACAAUCAGAAGCCCUUUGCCUAAGCUGCACUGCUAUGUUCCAAGGCAAAUAAAGGUUCAAACAAGUAUAAUAAGGAGUCAAUAAUAUAACCCUACGUAAUUGGAGAUUUUCUUGUCCAUUGAGAAAUUUUCCAGAUUACAGCUGAAUAAAGAAGUAAAAAGAGUUCCCACUUAUCUCUUA